AUGUUAACACUUGGAUUAGGGCAACUAUUUUAUGUAAUGCUUUGUUUCGUUAAUGCAAUUGCUGUGUUAAGUGAAGAAAGAUUCCUAGCAAGAAUUGGAUGGACAGCACAAACAGAAGCAGGAUUUGGUAAUGAACAAGGACAAAGUAUUAAAUACAAGAUGAUCAAUUUGAUAUAUGCAGUUAGAACAUUAAUGAGAAUUCCUUUAAUUGCCAUAAAUAUAAUUGUCAUCAUUUAUGAACUUUUACUAGGAUAA